GCAAAGAAACAACGCUAAGUUGGGUUGCGCAUUUACACUACUUAAAAUACAUAUUGGUUUUAUUUUGUUUAUUUAUGUGGUUUGUGUUUUCAAGUUAAAAGUAUUGGAUGAUCAAGCUGAAAAUGCCGACUCCUACUAUGAUAUGCCUGUUGGCGCUUUUCGGCCUUACGGUGGGGCAGUUCUUAAACCAGUUGCAGAAUAACCCUUCGCAGGGUUUCUUACAGGGUUUCCCAUCAAACUUUCUCGGUAACAACUUCGGUGGUUUCCCAGCCCAAAGAUUACCAGUUAAUGGGCUUGGCUACCUCAAACCGCAGGAUAUCGAAGAAACUGUCUCCAAAUACCAACACAGUUUCAGCAAUCCACCCCCACCUCUGGGGUCUGGGCAAGACCCAGCCACGCAGACCUGCGGCCUCGCUCCCCCAUUCUGCGUGAAGUCAAGAUACCGCUCAAUAGAUGGCACCUGUAAUAACCUACGCCGGCCGACAUGGGGUAUCCCGCAAACUCCAUACGGAAGAUUAGUCAACUACAAGUAUGGGGACGGUAUCAGUUCGUUCCCAAGAGCCGUCAGUGGCAAGGAACUGCCCAAUCCACGGGUGAUCAGCAAUUACCUGUUCCCCAGCAAGCAGCUUGUCGAUCCAAUAUGGAACUUAAAUGCCCAGCAGUGGGGUCAAAUUAUAACCCAUGACAUGUCUUUGACGGCUGGGGUCGCGCAAAGUCAUAAAGACACAGUGUCAUGUUGCGACGACAAUGGGCAGCUGGUCCAGGACGCAGCGACCAAUCCUCUCUGCGCACCCAUCAUUAUACCUCCGACAGAUCCCGUGCACUCACGAGUAGGCACUCAAUGCAUGAACUUCGUCCGGACGGGCACGACAAGGGAUAGAAGAUGUACACCGCCUUUCGCACCAGCUGAACCGCUCACAACUGUCACUGCAUACAUGGACGCUUCGUUCUGCUAUGGAAGCAGCGAAGGACAGGCCAGACCGAUCCGCUCUUACCUCGGAGGUCGUCUGAUAACAAUUCUGAGAGGCGGACGGGAAUGGCCACCUCAAGAUCCUAAUGUAACGCUAACAUGCGAGUCUGCGCAGUCACCUAAUGAACCUUGCUACUUGACUGGGGAUAUACGAGUGAAUCAAAACCCUCAACUCACAAUACUCCAAAUCAUCGUACUCAGAGAGCACAACAGGAUUGCUGACACAUUAUCUGCCAUCAACCCGCACUGGGACGACGAGACCCUCUACCAAGAAGCACGUCGUAUCGUUAUUGCUGAACUGCAGUAUAUCAACUAUUACGAAUACCUGCCCAUUUUCCUUGGGUUCGAUAAUAUGGUUAAAAACAAGCUUAUAUACCCUGGAGCUCACGGGUAUGUGAAUGAUUACAAUCCAAAUGUGGAUCCAACUGUCCUGGAUGAGCACGCCACAGCCGCUUUCAGACAUUUCCACACUUUGAUCAGGGGAUACCUACAAUUAGUUUCGGAGAAUAGACAGUUGGCAGGAAUAGUACGGUUAAGUGACUGGUUCAAUAGGCCGUUAUUAGUUGAGCUCGAGAAUGCCUUUGACGAUUUAACAAGAGGGCUCACUUAUCAACCGCAGGACUAUAGCGAUCAAUUUUGGGACAGCGAAAUCUCUCAAUUUCUAUUCAAGCGAAACAAUACAUUCGGCGGCGAUCUUCGAGCCACAGAUAUACAGCGAGGGCGUGACCACGGUCUCGGCAGCUACGUGGCGACCCGAGCUGCUUGCGGCUUAUCCGUGCCCAAGACCUUCUACGAUAUGGGCGACUUUAUCUCCAAGCAGAACGUGGAGAUACUAGAACUUCUUUACGAGAACCCAGAGGACGUGGAUCUUGUGGUUGCCGGUUCCCUAGAGACGAACGUGCCGGGCGCUCAGACUGGCCCCACCUUCCUGUGCAUCCUCACCGAGCAGUUCUAUAGGACAAGAGCCGGUGACCGAUUCUUCUUUGAGAACGGCAACGAUCCGGAUAUUGCUUUUACUCCAAGUCAACUAAAUUCAAUUCGGCAAGGAUCGUCUAUAGCACGGAUACUGUGUGACAAUAGCGACAAUAUACGUCACAUGCAACCGAGAGCUUUCCAGCAAAUAUCAAAUAGGAACAUGCCUGUGCCCUGUGAAAAGUUGCCGACGAUCGACCUAAGCUUAUGGCGUGAUGUCGGUUUUUAAUGCCCAUAUAAUACUUGCGUACCUAUUUAUAUGGGUAUAAAAUAUAUUUUAAGUUUAACGUGUCAUGCAAAUCGGUCGAGUUGCCAUGUUAAAAGUAUAAAAGAUAAAGAUAACUAGUAUAAAAGAAAAACUUUUAUGUAAAUAAUGUAGUUAUUCCACAGUAUUAAAAAAAUGUAGAUUUUUUGUAGAUAAUUUCUGAAAGCACAUUUUAUUUUUAUUUUUGAAGUGAAACUUAUUUAUUCAUGUAGAAACACUAUAUAUUAGAUUUGCCACAUGGAAGUGAUUUUAUGAAAAUUAUCUCUUGUGACGGAAGUAAUCAUAUUGAACGAAUAUGACAGCAUUUAAUUUUUUGCUCCAAAAAUUUUCCUAGAACAGAAUAAAUGGGCAUCCAAAGGAAAGACGAUAUCUUUUAGAUAUUCCAUAUUGUACUGUCCGUGACCUUUAAUGCCCAAUUAUUUCGGAACUCGAAUACCUACCUAUUCAUAAAAUAAAAAAGUAGACGGCAUUUUUUAAUUCUUUGAUAAAAAAAGGAAUGUAUUGUCAAAAUUAUUUUCUGCUCUGUAUAGAUUAUGAAUGUGGUAUGAAUAUAAACCCAAGAAGUUUCAUUUCUGCUGCAUAUAUAUAUGCAACGGAUACAUGCAACCACUUUAGAGAAAUCUUCUUUAUAAAGAAUAUAUUUCUUUUUAUUUAGUUUGUAAUUUUUUUAAUCUUUUUAUAUUCAACUUAAGUUAGUAAAAAACUUCUGUUUACUUUUCUUUUGAUGUAUGUAACAAGUUGUG